GUUAGCAUGUUUGUCAAGCCUAUGUGCGUAGUUUCUAGUUGUUGAAGCCAAAACUACAACUCAAUAUAAUUAAUGAAAAUGUUUAUUACGUGAAAAGUGUGUAAACUGAGUGGAAGUGUACAAGUGAGCUAUCUGAUAUACCUGACCUGUUUGCAGAUUGAAAAAAGUUGAAUCAUGGAGGUUGGUGGACGAAAAUCAGACGAUGCCAAUGAGAAUGCCUCAACAGAGUUUGUUUUACAUUGUCAGCCGUGCAUGAAGGACGGGAGGGAAAUCAGCGCCAAUGGUUUCUGCAAAAUUUGCAAGGAGUUUAUGUGUGAUCCUUGUAUAUCUGCCCACAAGAGGUUCGCCAUGUCAAGAAAUCAUGUAUUCCUAACGAAAGAUAAAAUGCCUUCUUUUUAUAUGAACAAAGACAAAGCUGAUUUUCUGCCUACCGAACCGUGCCUUGAACACAGCAGUGAAAUGAUAAAGUUUUAUUGUCCAACCCAUGAUGACCUCGGAUGCUCAGACUGCGUUGUGUUACAUCACCGAAAUUGUAAGGUUGAGUAUUUGUCAGAGACAGCAAAACAAUACAAAGACUCCGAGGAGUAUAAAACACUAAACAAAAACAUUGCACACAUGGAAACUGUUAUUUCCGCUUUGAACAACGACGUAAACGAUUCCGAGGCGUUCGUAUCAGAAAACACAAAAGAAGAAGUACAGAAACUGAGGAAUUUUAGGGCACAGAUAAAUCUUGUUCUGGAUACAAGAGAAAAUGUGUUGCUGAAAAGUAUGAAAGAAAAUGAGAUCAAACAAAAAGAAAUACUUUCAAAGUUGAGAGAUGGGAUAACAGGCUUAAAACAGACUCUAGCAGAAACGACAACAGACAUGCAAACGACAGAAAAACAGUUACACCAGCGCUUCAUUCAUGCGAAAAUGGCCAACAAGCAACUUGUGAAGCUUCAAGGAGAAAUCAAUAAGAUCAACGCAGAGAUCAUUUUGGACACGUCUGUUCGUUGCACAUUUUUGACAGACAAACACACUGAAGCUCUGAUCAACUCUUCAGACAUCUUAGGAUGUGUCGACUUUUCCAAUGAAGGUUUAAAUCUGAGAAGAAUAACAUCAGAGACAGAUGUCGAUCUAUCCACUGUUGAAUGGACAAAAGAUGCCGAGCUGGACAUUUUCUGCACAGAAGACACAGGCAAAUCGUGGAUAACAAGUUCCGCUCUUGUGGAACCAGGAAAAUGUCUUUUGGCCGACUAUGGCAAUAAAUGUGUUAAACUUGUAGAUAUCAACGUCAACAAGGUCUUAUCACGCAUUGAACUGCUUGGAGAUCCUUGGCAGGUGUGUGCCCUCCCUAGCGGCCACGCAGCUGUUGCUUUUCCAGAUGAAAACAAAGUACAAUUUGUAAGCGUUAAAAACGAUUCAGUAAUUGCUGGGACAAAUUUCGACGUGUCCGGUUCAUCCUAUGGACUAGCUUACAAUGAUAAAAGCCUGUUUGUAUCCUACGAAUACCACAAUAAAGCACCAGGAUACUCGUAUGUAGAAAGGAUGUCGAUGGCUGGAGAAGUGUUGCAAACAUUUACAACAAAGACUAGAGCUGCACGAUAUAUAACCGUUAGCUCUUCCUCAAUUUACGUUGCGUUGUUCAUUUCAACGGAAGUUUGAUAAACACAUAUAAGGACCCGUUGCUAACAUUGCCAGUUCAAUCCAUCAACGUCGGAAAGGAACGAAUCCUGGUGUGUGCUCGCAGUUCUUAUCAUAUCGUUUUGAUAAAUGGAAAGGAGAGGAACCUGAAAGUUAUCUUAUCUUUGAAAGACUUUGGGUCCCAGAAUGACCCGUUUAAUUUAUCAUUCUGUCCAGUGAGCAAAAAACUUCUGGUUGGAUUGGAGGUCUUCAGUGCUGUUAUUUAACAUUGAUUAAAACUACUUUGAUUGGUUCCGUAUUACCGUAGGACGGUUGGUACGUUACCGAUUGUUUUAAUGUUUGGUGUUAUCUGAAGAUACAAUACAACUAAAUUUUGUAUUCCAUUUAUUCAUCUACAUAAUAACGCAUCAUCGUUAAACCUACGAUAAGAUGGAAAGGAAUGUGAACUAAUAAUUGGUUCCGUAUCACUGUAGGCUGGUUGGUACGUUACCGAGUGUUUUAAUAUUUGGCGUUUCACGAACUAAAUUUUGUAUUCCAUUGAUUCAUUUACAUAUUUAUGUACACAAAGAACGCAGCAAGACAACUGUAUAUGCCUAGCAGUAUAACAGUAUAAUGAAACUCUAGAGGCGGGAGUAUCAUAUUAACACCGAUCAUGCGGGAAAAAGACAUGUUACGCAUCAUCAUAAAAUCUGCGUUAAGAUGGAAAGGAACGUCUUAUAGUGUGUGGUCAUAUGUACUAAAGGAAACUAUAUAUUUAGCGCACUGUAUACUAUCUAGUGUCUUAGAAGAUUAUUCUUUCGUUCAUGUUUUUCUGUCAAAUUAGGUCUUUUAUCAGUGAAAAUAAACAGUGGAAGUUUCACUGCAAGCUUAGAAGCGAAAAUAACAACUUCAUUUACUAGUUUUUAAAACAAUUGCUAUUACUUUCCCUUGAUCAAUUGCGUAUCUCACUUUUAACACGGAAAAUAUUGUACGA